UUUUGCUUUGAAUGAGGUUGAUCAGCUCUAGUUUACGCGGCGUAUAAUUUUUAAGAUAGUUUAAAAACAUAUUUAAUCAUGAAUAUAUUCCGAUUACUUGCCGAUCUAUCCCAUCUAUUGGCUAUUAUAAUCUUGUUGCUUAAAAUAUGGAAAACAAGAUCUUGUGCAGGUAUAUCUGGAAAAUCGCAAAUUCUUUUCUCAAUCGUGUAUACCGCAAGGUAUUUGGAUUUACUGACCACAUAUGUGUCCGCAUAUAAUACUAUUAUGAAAUUGGUCUUCAUCGUGGCUUCAUAUGCCACGGUUUAUUUGAUGUACGUUAAGUUUAAGGCCACCUACGACCACAACCACGACACCUUUAGAAUCGAAUUUCUGCUUAUACCUUGUGUGAUCCUGGCGUUGCUGAUAAACCGCGAAUUUACAUUUUUGGAGGUGUUAUGGACAUUCUCUAUUUAUUUGGAAUCUGUUGCUAUUUUGCCGCAAUUGUUUUUGGUUUCAAAGACUGGUGAGGCAGAAAGUAUCACAUCUCAUUAUCUGUUUGCCUUAGGUUCAUACAGAGGACUCUAUCUUUUGAACUGGAUUUACCGUUACAUUGUUGAAGACCACUAUGAGUUGAUUGCUAUAAUUGCUGGAGUUGUCCAAACAGUUUUGUAUUGCGAUUUCUUCUACCUUUACAUUACAAAAGUUCUUAAAGGAAAGAAACUGCAACUACCUGCAUAAAUUAGUUAAUGGUGCAAUAGACAAGAAUGUCUGUUAAGAUAUUUAAUUAAGUCAAUAUUACCUAAGAUAUAGUGUUCUGGACAAAGUUUGUAUUGAAAUUUAACCAUAAAUUGUGAUGUUUCAUGCUACACAUACCUCAGAUGGCUUUUUGUACUGUAUAAAACAAUUACAUUUCAAGCCAAAUGAUUUCAUAUUUCUUUAUACUAAUUACAUUACAAUUCAAAUAACUUGAUCCUUUCUAAUUUUUAUAUAGAAUUUGUGUAAAUCUUUGUGUAUGUAUUAUUAAUGCAUGGUAAUAGUAAAUUCUUGUUGUAAUAUCAUUUUGUUUCUUGAAUACUAAGCAUACUAAAUAACAUUAAAAUUUUAAUUACUUAACAAUAUUUUGUACUUUGAGCAUAUUCAACCAAUGUAGGCAAUUGUGGUAGUAAUAACUAAAGAAUGUAGUUAUUAAGCAUAGUAUAUUGAGUUAUCUUCCAAAUUAUACCGCUAUAGAUAAGAGGUCAUUUGGAAUGGUUCAAGAAUAGUGAAGCAAUAUUUUUAUGUAAUAUUGAAUGAACUAAUAAUGGCUUAAUAUUAAUUUUUAUUUAGCCACUAAGAUUAAAUAUAAUCUUGGAUUAAGUAUUUGUGAAU